AUGAAGCCCCCAGGCCCUGCCCAUGCCUGUGGCAUCAUGCUGGUCCUGCUCUCACUGCUGGCUGUCCUCCAGACCACCCGUGCCCAAAAGGGGGCCCCCGCUGCCAAGGUCACCUUCGAGCUGGUGUACGAGGAGUUGCUCAAGCGGCGCCUGGGAGUGUAUGAGCUGCUGCUGAAAGUGCAGCCCCAGCAGCUGGUCAAGCACCUGCAGAUGGACAUUCACAUCUUUGAGCCUCAGGGCAUCAGCUUUCUGGAGACAGAGAGCACCUUCAUGACCAAUGAGCUUGCAGACGCCCUCACCGUCUCACAGAACCAGACCAAGGUGGGCUUGCCACAGUGGGUGGUGGGGAGGGUACCGAGGGGCCUGUCUUCAGGCUGCCCUGUGAGCCUGGAUCCCCAGAGAGUGGGACAAUUGGGCAGACUCUCUCAGCUGAUCGAGAAUGGCUACUUUGUGCACUACUUUGCCCCUGAGGGUCUCUCCAAGAUACCCAAGAAUGUGAUAUUUGUCAUCGACACGAGUGGCUCCAUGAUGGGCAAGAAAAUCCAGCAGGUGGGUACCACAGGCCAGGGUAGGGCCCUGAAAACUCUCAGAUGUGAUAGAAAAACCAAGAUGGCGGUUUCUCAUGGAAGUGCUGGGAAGCGGCAGGCCAGGUGCGGGCGUCAGGCCCUCACUGCUGACGCCUGGCUGGGCCCCUCUUUCCAGCCCACGGAGAACAUCACCUUCCAAAUGGAGUCCCAGGUGGCGAAGCAGGAAGAGGAGUUUCAAAAGCCCAAGUACAUCUUCCACGGCUUCAUGGAGAGACUCUGGGCGUACCUGACCAUCCACCAACUGCUGGAGCGAAUGGUUUCCGCAUCCGAUGCUGAGAAGCAGGCCCUGGAGACCCAAGCUCUGGGCUUGUCGCUCAACUAUAGCUUUGUCACCCCCCUCACAUCCAUGGUGGUCACCAAACCUGAAGGCCAAGAACAGUCUCAAGUUGCUGAGAAGCCCGUGGAAAAUGGUCGCACUGUCUUCAGACAUAGAGCCAUGGGACACCCACUGUCCAAAGGAGCAGCUGGAGUUUCCCCGUACGUUCGACUUCAUAAAGUGGCCGAAAUGAGUAUUGGACCACCUGGAUUUCCUGUUCCUUCCAAUUAUCUUUUUCCAUUCUCUAAAUCGGACCUGGAUCCGAGGCUACCAAGCGAGACAGGUGAGCCACUUUCUGACCUCGAGGCCUCAUUACCCCAAGGGGAGGGUAAGCCUGCCUCCUUUCCGUUUCUGGCCAAUCCUAUACUAGAAUCUUUCUCCUUCUCCACUCCCCUGGUGUUUGAUUACCUGGAUGAAACAAUGGAAGAUGUUCUACCUGCCUCAAGAACCGCAUCUGCUGCCCCAGCCCCCAUCCAGGCUUCGACCUUCAUCCUGCCUCUGCCUGGGCAGAGCGGGGACCAGCUCUGUGUGGACAUCAAGAGCACCCGUGGGCCAUUAUUACUCCUGCUCUCAGACCCUGACCAAGGUCUCGAGGUGAUUGGUGAAUAUGACAUGGAGAAGGCCCAGUUCUCAGUGAUCGAGGUGACUUUCAAUAAUCUCCAGCUACAGGUCCAGGUGUCCCCUGAGCAGGUGGUAGUGACUAGGGACCGAAGAAGCUCUCAGUACAAAUGGAAGGAGACGCUGUUCAUGGUGAUGCCUGGGUAAGCCUCAGGCGGCGUACCAGCAAUGACCUCUCAGGCUACGUUAGCCAGUGCCAGUGCUGACCGGUGGCCUGAGGCCACAGGCUUGGGGAUGAAGUGCUUGGGCUGGGCAUGAGUCCUCUGCAGUGGGCCGCCCCCACCCGUUGGGCAGAGCCAUACCUCUUUUUCUUUGGGGGCACUAGUGGUUGUCCCGGAGACCUGGCUGCUCACGCACGGUCAUGCCCCUGAGCGC